UAAAACGACAUCGUUCGGGGCCAGUACGAAAGCGAGAAGAAGUCAUCAUCUCUCUCCUUCAAAUUCAAGCUCCUCUUGGCUGAUUGGCUCCCAGAAGGCCUGUCAGCGCCAGCUGAGCACCGAGCAGAAGAACUUCAGAGGGCAGCGUUUGUUAGUUUGAGUAGACAUGGAUCUUAACGAUCUUAACAAGGUUUGGGAAAUCAAACCACUCAAGAAAAUUGGGGAAGAGGAUGCAAGAGAAAUACUUGAGAAGGUGGCAAAACAAGUACAGCCCAUAAUGCGGAAACAUAAUUGGAAAGUCAGAAUCCUUUCUGAAUUCUGCCCUGCCAAUCCAGCUCUUCAGGGGCUCAAUGUAGGAGGAGGUGCCGAAGUUAAGCUCAGACUACGGAGGCCAAACAAUGAGUGGGAUUUCUACCCGUAUGAACAGAUCCUUGAUACAAUGCUGCACGAGCUCUGCCACAACGAGUAUGGUCCUCAUAAUGCUGACUUUUACAAACUUUUGGAUGAGAUCAGAAGGGAAUGUGAGGAACUGAUGGCUAAAGGGAUUACAGGGACUGCGCAAGGAUUUGAUCUUCCUGGGAAACGUUUGGGUGGUUUCUCCCGUCAACCCCCUCUGUCAUCUAUACGUCAGACUGCCUUGGCUGCUGCUGAAAACAGAGCACGGCGUGGAGCUUUACUACCAUCAGGACCUAGGCGUUUAGGUGGUGAUAGCAACAUUAAGGCAGCUUUGAGCCCAAUACAAGCUGCUGCUAUGGCUGCAGAAAGGAGACUACAUGAUGAUUUAUGGUGUGGAUCCAAGUCUUUGGAGGGUGGCAUUGAAGUCCAGGGGAAUGUUGGGACUUCUCAAGGGGCAGAAGCUUUCACAGUUACUAAUGGCAUAUCUACCCAGACUUCUAUUGAGUCGAGGUCAGGUCAGGGAAAAAUAGAUGAUCAAGCAAAGUGGAAAUGCAAUAUGUGCACUUUAUUAAAUGAGAGUGUAUCCGAUGACAGAUGUGCAUUUUCAUGCUUUGAGGUUGUUGCAGCUGUUGGCGUUGAGAUGUUCAGCCUGCGGGACCUUAAAAGAGGAUGUGAAGUUUAAGGUUUGGUCUUGCAAAUUUUGUACCCUAGACAACAGAGUUGAGCUAGAUAGAUGCUCAGCUUGCGGAGAAUGGAGAUACUCGUCCGGCCCUCCUGUCUCUAACCGAGGACCAUAUGUCGGCACCUGAGAAAAGGUUAACUGUGAAAUCUGCUCCGGACUUGUAGAGUUACACAGAAUGAUAUUAUAUACAUACUACAACAAUCAAUCACACUUGCCCUAAACUGAAAUCCUGUAAUGAAUGUGAUUUAUAGUAUCCAUUUUGAUUGUACA